AACCUACUUCUACAGCAAUGAGAUUAGUGGGUUAAUCCGGAAGGAGGAGUCAGGAAUGGAUCUAGGUGCAGUACAUGUCUAAUGAAUAAGGAGUGAGGAGGAGCAUCCAGUGAGGUGUGUUACCAUUCAGAGCCAUGCUACAGAUGAACCUACACCUCUGUUGGUCCUCCUUUCUCUGACACCUCACAGUGGAGGCCAGGCCAGGGUACUGUAUUCCUAUGGCUGAAGCAAAAUGCCUGUUCCUGGUGAACAUAAAGGAUGAAGUGGAUGGUGUUGUUGCCACACCCUAAUUUACAAAGAUAAUCUGGACUGAAUUAACUGAAGACCCGAGGUGGUGCAGGACUACCAAAACUGAGAAAGAAAGCAUUUGAGGACAUUGCUGUGUCAGUGGUCCAACGUGGGAAAGUGGAGUAGUUUUAUGUUGAUGUCUGAAGAUGCUGACGACCUCUAACUCCACAAUCUUUUUGCUUCAGGCACUGCCAUGGCAGUGGAGGUCUGCUUGAGUGUUCAGUCAUACAACACUCCACCCUCAGACAAGCAGUGGAGUCCCCUACCCCCUAAUGGAGUCAGUCAGAAAACCCCAGUCGAAGUACACGUUGGUGGGGGAGGUGAUACGUCACGUCAUCCCUGGAGCCACACAAUGCUCCAUAGGGUGUGGAGGUCAGAACUGCAAGUAUGAGAACCCUGACCGCUGGAGCAAGGACAAGCAAGCCAUCAAAGGCCUCUACUCCUCCUGGGUCACGGAAAACCUACUUGCCACGGCCAGACCAUCUACUGUAUUAAUAGAAAAGUACAACAUUAUUGACCAAUUUAAAAGAUGUGGCCUGAAGACAGUGAUAAACCUGCAGAGACCUGGGGAACACGCCAGCUGUGGUCCCAAUGCACUGGAAUCAGAGAGUGGAUUCUCCUACCAACCUGAGGUCUUCAUGGAGAACAACAUAUAUUUCUACAACUUUGGUUGGAAUGACUAUGGGGUGGCCUCCCUCACAUCCAUCCUGGACAUGGUGAAGGUCAUGUCCUUUGCGAUGCAGGAGGGGAAAAUGGCUGUCCACUGUCAUGCUGGUCUGGGAAGAACAGGUGUGUUGUUAGCGUGUUACCUGGUCUUCGCCACCAGGAUGACCGCUGACCAGGCCAUCGUGUUUGUGCGUUCCAAACGACCCAACUCCAUCCAGACCAGAGGUCAGCUGUAUUGCGUGCGGGAGUUUGCCCAGUUCCUAGUCCCUGUCAGGAGUAUUUUCUCCUGCGCUGAGCCCAGGACUAACCCCAUCACCCUGUCCCAGUUCCUGACCCGCCAGGGACACAUGCUGCAUGGCUAUGAGCGGCGGGAGCUCAGGCACCUGCCCAAGAUCAUCCAGGUGAUCUGCAAGCUGCUGCUGGACAUUGCUGAGAACCGGCAGGUCAUCGAGGAGGACAUGCUGGACAUCCUUGACAUGACGGCCGAGGAGGAGAUAGAGUUUGAGCGCUAUCGUGACUUUGGAUUCACCAAGGGAAGCGUCGGGGGAGGCGGCCUUGGAGGGCAGCCCCGCUUACCGGGACCCCCAACCAAACCCCGGCACGCCAACGAACCGCCCCUGUUCUACCACCGCAAGAGCCUGAGCUACAGCGAGUCGGACCUGCGGAGGCUGGGCUCUGAGCUGAACCUGCCGACCCUACCCCUCUCCAACUCGCUGUCCGCUUGCAACAUGUCUGUGGCCUGUUCUGCCUCCCUGAACUCCCUGCCUAGGACCCCGGCCAUAGGCAGUCCCAUGGGGCCCAGGCAAAUAACCACCACCUACGGCUCCCAAGAUGGAUCCCUCUGGGAGCAGAAGAGCCUCGCAGAGGGAUCACCGCUCCUAAAGAAGACACAGAAAGCCUGCCAGCGCAGCGAGUCCGAGUGCAACCCCGAGAAGAAAGGGUAUAGCAGCAUGUUGUUUAGGUGGAAGGAGGAGCAGAGGGGCAAGUUAGCGAACAAUGGUGAUGUGUCUCAGAUAGAGGAGUCAGAGGUGCCCUUCAUCACCAUCCAGACAGAGCUGUCCAAGGAGGCCAGGCAGCUGCUGGUGGCCCAAGCCCUGGCUGUGGAUCUGGAGGUGGAUGGAGAGGAGGAGCACAGGGAGAGACUACAAGCCUGGCAGUCAGAGUUGAACAUGGGAGGGGCAUGGGAGAGGCUGUGUACAUUGGAGAAGGACCCGUUUGUGCUGUCUGGGCUGAUGUGGACCUGGCUGGAGCAGCUGAAGGAGCCAGUCAUCUCCAUCAAGGAUGUACAGAAUCUGGACCAUAACAACAUGGACCCUGCGAACCCAGAGGCUGUCUUCAAACCACUGGACCAGGCUCCCAGGGAGAUGUUAGUGUGCAUUCUGGACUGUAUGGCUCAUGUUCUCACAAUUCCAGAGGAGGUGGAGGCUGCUUUCCUGGAGCGCACCAUCAAGGCUUUCACAAAGAUGGGAAAAGGCUCAGCGGUGUAUCAGGCCAUGACAGAGAUCCUUAGGCUGGUCCUACACGACAUGAGGUUUAUAGCCAUAGAGGAGGAUGAGUUACCAGAUAUGGCGCCCAUCCCUACUGUACUGAUCCCAUAAACCUGCUGUAUUCCGUUCCAGACCAUCCCUUGCUAUAUUAAAACAUAUGGUGUGCCUUCCUGCGCAGUUUGGAUCGUUUUUAACAUACUGUACAGUAAUUAAUGACAGAAUAUAGUAAGUGUAUU